CUUGUCUAAAUUUAAAAAAGGUACUCUGGAGGUUCGAACCUCCAGCUUUUAAAUCAGAUUUUUGAUAAAAAACUUAAAGAGACAUCUGUGAAUUAUUUUUUAUGAGAUGGAUACUGAAGAUUCUAUUCAAACCAACAUAAACACGGUUGAAGAAAUGAUAUUGGACGAGGAAAAAAUAGUGACGUACAUCACCCUCAGCAAAGAUCUUUGUAUGCAUGUGAAUACUUGUAAACAAUUGCUAUGCAAUGCUAUUAAAAAAAUUCAAGAAGAAAAGCCUAAUGUACAGCUCAACAUCAGCUAUAUAAUAUCGGGAUUGUCUACCAAUAAUACAGCUAUUACAACAUUAUGCACGGAAAGUGAUUUAGACAAAGUGAAGAAAUCUUUAAGUCCUGUAUUUUUUCAUCAUGUUUAUAGUGUAAGCAAGGGAUCUCCAGGUGUAGAUAAUGUUGCUUUGUUACUAUUGCACAAAUUUGAAGACUACAGUUUAUGCCCAGGUAUAAUUAAGAGUAAAGAAUGUAUUAAACGGACAAAUGAUGAAAUAGGUAAAUUGAAGACCAACAGCCAGGAAGCAGUGGGACCUGAGAACAAACCUUUGAUUGUUGUAAAUAAGAAAAUUAAACAAGAACUUAAACCUGUCUCUCAAGUCCGUAGUAAUGUUCAAGUGAUAGAAACAAACGCUGUUAAACAAACAGAAAUUAAAGCAGACACAAAAGUCAAAGUUGAAGUCACAUCCCCAAAAAAGGACUCUAACAAUAAACAAAAUAUUCUUAAAACAAAUGGUCCUAAGGCUCAAAAGGGUAUUUCAUCGUUCUUUAAUAAGCCUAAUGGCUUACAAAAAACUACUAAUAUAACCAAUGGUUUACAAAACACUAAAGAAACAAAUGGCUUACAAAAUAAAAAAUUGUCUAAUGUACUUAUAGUUAUCAAACAUGAAGAUGAAAAAAUGAAUUUAGAUUAUGAAAAUAGUGAAAAUCCAAUAACUACAGAAAAAGAGGAGAUAGAAAGCAAGUUAAAGAAGGAACCCAAAUUUAAGGAGGAAAAGAAAAGUGGUAAAAAAGAUCCAGCACCUGAUGAGAAAAAUAAAGUUCUGAAUAAAACAAAGAAAUCCUCAAAGGUUGAAAAGAAAAGAAAAAGAGUAUUGCAUGUAUCAGAUAGUGAGAGUGAUGAAGAUAAGGAUCCAUUUGUUGAUAAUCAAGAAACAAAUAAUAUAAUGAAUGAUGAGUCUGAUGAUGAAAUUCCUCCAACUCCUUCAACAAACAGUAUAAAAAUAACAUCUGGGAUUGUUAAUCCUAAAAAGAGAAGAAAGGUAGUGGACAAAACAUAUACUGAUGAAGAUGGAUAUAUAUUAACCAAAAAAGAGGAAAUAUAUGAGAGUUGUUCUGAUAAUGAAGAUGAAAAUAUAAAGGUGGAGAAAGACAUCAAAAUAGAAAAAGAAACAAGAAAAGUGCAUUGUGAAGUAUCACCAAUAAAAACCAAGAAGAGUAGUCCAAAAAAGUCGAAAAAGAAAAUCUCUCCUCCUCAAAAAGGAAAACAGCCAACUUUAAACAGUUUUUUCACAAGAAAAUAAAAUAAAAAUUAUAAUAACAACUUGAAUCAUGGAAUGUUUUGAAUUAAU